AUGACACUUGGUCACUUUGUUCGGGUAGCAGCUAGUUCCAUCCAAUUCCUGCCCGUACCCGUAUCCAACGGUCAUCAUCGGCUAGCUUCCUUGGUCGUGAAACGGACAUUCGCAUCCUCUUCUAUCAUGGCAAACUGUGUGCGGGAAAUCGAAGGUGACCUCUUCAGCGCGCCCAAGGAUCACUCGCUGGCACACUGCGUUGCAGCUGAUUUAAAGAUGGGUGCCGGAAUAGCGGUCAGGUUUAAGCAGCUGUACGGAAAGGUUGAUGAACUGAAGGCACAAAACGUUGGCGUUGGAGGUGUGGCCGUACUAGCGGAUGGGCCGCAACGAUACGUGUACUAUCUAAUUACCAAGAAAACGUACAACCUGAAGCCUACGUACGACGAUCUGACCAAAUCAUUGCACGCCAUGAAAGAGCACAUGUCGGCGAACGGUGUUGGAAAGCUGGCCAUUCCACGCAUCGGGUGCGGGAUUGAUGGACUCGAGUGGGACAAGGUAAAGGAUAUCCUGAACAACGUUUUUGGCGAGAAUGGAGCCUACGAAAUCGUUGUCUACAACUUUGUUCCAAAGUAA